AUGUACGACGCCGUCGCAAUAGCGAUGGUGACUCUACAACACGUCCGAAGGCACAACAACGGCCUUCGGAACCGGGCUUGCGGACUGGUCGCCGUCUUUACCGGCGCAACGAGGGGCAUCGGCCUCGCGACGGUACGGGAAUUGCUCCGUCAUCUAGUCGAGCCGAUCAUUUACCUCGUGGGGAGGAGCGCUGCGAAGUUUGCAGACGAGGCCCAAAGACUGCAGUUGCUCAACAGUGGCGCCCAGAUUCGCUUUAUCGAAGCAGACGUUUCCCUGCUGCGGGAGAUCGACCGCGUGUGCGAGCUCGUCCUGGGCGCCGAGACGAAGCUCGACCUGCUCUUCAUGAGCCAGGGUUUCAUCCCACUGAGUGGCCCGGAGUACACCACGGAGGGCAUUGAUAGCUGCAUGUCUCUAUCCCACUACGGCCGUGUUCGCCUUGUCCACAAACUCCUCCCCUUGCUCCGCCUGUCCGACUCGCCGCGUGUCGUCAGUGUGCUCGCCGGCGGGUCCGAGAAGCGCUUGGUAGAGGACGACAUGGGGCUUCGGGCCACAUACAGCAUGAUGAGCGCAGUCAACCACAUUGCGUGCCUUCAGACACUGGCAUUGGCCCAUCUGGCGGCCAACAAUCCCGAAGUCUGCUUCAUCCACGGCCACCCGGGCUUGGUGAAAACCAGCAUUGUGUCGAAUGCCUUUUCCACCCCCGCCCAGGGCUUCUUUGACGCCGUCACUCGCUUCUUCGGCUCAUGGGUUGUCGGCCCGCUCUUCAACAUGAUUGCCAUGUCCGAGCAAGAGUCUGGCGAGAGACAUGCCUUUCUUGUCACAAGCACCGACUACAUGUCGCCCGCAGCAUCCAAGUUAAGGGGCCGUGAGCAACACCAGCAGGUCGGGCUGAUGAACGGGCUGUACCUAGUCAACUCCUACGGCGAACUCAGGGCAGAUUGGCCUCUGCUUGAAAAGUGGAUGAAUGAUGGAGCAGUCGAGAAGGCGUGGAGCCACACAUUGCAUGUGUUUGACACCGUUCUGACCUAA